GUUUUUAUCAAAACUACAUCUGUUACUUGCAGAAUGAAGAAAUUAGCUAAUUUAUUAGCCAAAGUGAAGAAUUUUAAAUGAGAGAUGUUUUUAUUUCACUGGAUAAAGAUAUAAAAUGAACUAAUACUGAAGAGUCUUGUCUAGCUUCAUUUCACAUUUUCAGUUUUGUUAUAAAGAUUGUUGUUAACCUUUCAAAAACAUUUCUAGAUAAAAGUAAUAUAAGUAAAAAUGUCAAUACAAAUUACAAAUUUUUAAUUUAAUUUGAUUGAUAGUACAUUUUUUAAAAAUAAAAUUAAAAAAAUGCUAAAAUUUUGCAGAGCUAGACAAGAAACUGCAGUAUCCCAAACUAGAUUUCUGUCAUAAAGACUACUAAAUACAGAUUGCAGACAGAAAAAUAGAAAUUGGUGGUUAUCUAUAUUGCCAGAAGCAUAAAAAGUAAAUAUUUAGAACCAUGUCCAAUGAACCUAAUCCAGCAGCCCGGACUCGAGUGCUGUUGAACUGCGAAAGGGAGGCUAUGCCAAAGCUUGAUAAAUCAGCUUUAAAGAAGUUAAUCAUUGCUAGUGUCUUGUGCCUUAUCUUUAUGAUUGGAGAAAUUGCUGGUGGUUACUUAGCAGGCAGUUUGGCAAUUGCUACUGAUGCAGCACACAUGUCCACGGACCUGGCCAGUUUUCUCAUCAGCAUAUUUUCAGUUUGUUUGGCUUCAAAGCCUCCAGGAAAGAAACUCAAUUUUGGAUGGCAAAGAGCUGAAACAGUGGGAGCCUUGGUAAGCAUAAUGUUCAUAUGGGGUGUCACAACUGUCCUUGUUUUCUUAGCAAUCCUGAGGUUGAGGGAUGGUUCCUAUGAGAUCAAUGCAACUAUCAUGCUCAUCACUGCUAGCCUUGCUCUUGCUUUCAACAUUGUCAUGGCUGCUUGCUUGCACGGAUUUGGACGACAUAGACAUCGUCAUCAGGAAAAUCGGAGGGCCAAUGGAGAUGGCAGAGAACCUGGACCCAGUCGAUCGGGGGCACUCGUAGUUCCCAGCGAAGUUCCAAAUGAGGAGUUAUAUCCGAUCAUAUCGCGUAGCAGGCAUGUCGUAUCGUACGUCAUUCCCUCGCAUCCCACUUCCGAUGAAUCUGACAUAGCCAGGUCGUCUCGUUUGGUGAAUAUAAACGUCCGAGCUGCCUUUAUACAUGUCGUCGGAGAUAUUUUCCAGAGCCUCGGCGUUCUCGUUGCCUCUCUCAUCAUCUAUUUCAAACCGGAAUAUAAGAUAGCUGACCCGAUAUGUACGUUCAUAUUUUCUGGAUUGGUGAUAAUAACAACUAUUCGUGUCUUUCUUGAUACUAUGGGUAUCCUAAUGAAUGCCUGCCCAGGCAAUGUUAAUAUCGAAAGCAUCAAGGAGGACAUUUUGGAGGUGUCGUCAGUCCACAGUGUUCACAAUCUAAGGAUUUGGCAGUUAUCAAGUGAUCAUGUCUGUCUUUCUGUUCACGUCGUUCUGAAGAAAAUGGACCGACUGUCCGACCGAAUGUACACUGAUAAUCAGUUGAUAGCCGAACUCUUUAAGCAGAACAACAUCCACUUCGACACGCUACCCCACUUGAAAAGAUUGCUCAAGUACAAAUAUUCCUUCACUGACGUCACCAUCCAGAUUGAGCCGUAUGGAACAUUUGACAGAGAGGAAGAUCUAGUUGAAGCUAAUAGGACUGAGGAGGAUGAAGCGUCUAGAAGCCUCUUUAGCGAUAUUCGUCAACUCGCUGCCGCUGGGCGUGCUGCUGCUGUUGCUGCUGCUGCUGCUGCAGCUGCUAGUAGUAAUGGUGUUGCUGAUCCAAAUCUUUACAGAGAUACUGUUGAUCUGCUUAGUGAUUGCUCUUGAGUUUGUUUGUGGUUGAAUGUCUGUCUGUCUAUUGUUGAAUGUCUGUCUGUCUAUUGUUGAAUGUCUGUCUGUUUGUUGUUGAAUGUCUGUUUGUUGUUGAAUGUCUGCUCGUUUGUUGUUUAAUGUUUGGUCAUUUGUAGUCGAACAUUGGUUCGCUCGUUUGAAAUAGUGGUCUGUAUUGGUUUGCAAUUGUGGUUGUGUACGUAACGACACCAACUACAAACAGGCUUGUAAAUCAUCGGAUCCUAGACAAUAUCAAACUGUACAGUAUUCUUCUUACAUUCGUUCGUUAUAUAUUUGCGCGCUAUUUACUUUUCUAUAUCUCUCCUUAGCUACCAUGUUUUAAUCAUGUUUAAUGUUGUCUCGAUCAGCAACUGUUCGGUAAGUUAUAUUGCUGUUAUAUUUUAUGACUCCGUUGUUAUCAUAACGAUUUCGUUUGUCGUUUUUAGGUCUUUUAUCAAUCUAUUUUUAUGCCGCGUUCGUAAUGACGUCAUUCGAGUAAGAACACGUGCAUGUGUGUGUGUGUGUGUACAAAUCGUCGUACAUUAUUAGGAAUGCAAUUAAAGGUAUUUACGUACGCCAAUGAUCGUUAUUUAUUAAUUUUCUUUAACGUUCUAUGAUGUUUUUAUUUGAUCGGUUGAUUAUUAUUUAUCUAUGCAAACAAAUCUAAGAUUUUCAAUCACCAUUCAACUU